AUGCCUGUCUCAAGUGCUGAGUAUGGCCAAGAGGACUAUGGAUUCCCUGAGGGAGCUUGGUCAGAGCACCCUGAAGAAUAUCACGAAUAUCCGCAACCGAUAGUGCCCAUUGGGCCCAUGAUGGCUCACCCCGAGGUGGAAGAGCCCGUGGACGAAAAGACUCGACUACGACGACACGAGGAGGCUCUGUUACCCGGUAGGCCGGACGAGGACGAAGCGGGGCCCUCGAAUGCCGAAGCGAUGAUGCCGACAGCGCCUGUUCUACCGGAAGACCAUCUGCUGCAGGACUAUCAGCAUCUCCCUUCUCCCGUUACUGAGGGCGUCCCGCACGCAGUUCCCCACCCGGUCCGAUCUGCCGAGUCUUUGCAGACCAUUGUUGUCAACGGCAGCGCUCCCGAAGCCAGCGAACCCUCCGCUCCGGGCGAAGACAAGCAGGAACUGGAGCGGCAGCGAUUGCUUGACCAGACGAGCGCACCCAGCGCACCGCCGGAAGAACCGAAUGGCAUUGGCGGUGGCAAUGUCAAUUUCAAUGUCAAUGGCACUGGCCAUGGUCACGGUCACGGCGAACCCGGUGAGGGUCCAAGCGCUCCGGUGUUUGAUGAGGACGACCAACUCGUUGGCGGCACGGCGCACGCGGGACGAAUCCCUACCUCGGUAUCAGCGAUGAGGAGAGGAUCCGAUCUGUUGUUCAAAUCAUUUUUAUUAUUAUUACUUGUACAUUUCGCAUUUUUGGGGCCAGGACAUGGAAGAUACCACUACUCGCAUAUUUCUGAACACACGGCGCGAGGCGUUAACCGAAUGUAA